AUGGAUGGCUCAAAUCGAGACGAGUUUAACGGGACCGAGGGAAAGUAUUUGCUUCCGCAUCAUCGGGAGGAAAUCGCGCGUCUUGAACGACAGCAUUACUUCAUCAAAGCUGCCACCGAUGAUAAGCUGACACCGAUCCAGCUUCCUGUCGGAUCCAAGGUUUUGGACGUGGGCUGCGCCGACGGAACAUGGUUGCUGGAUUUGGCGGGCACCGACAGGCGCGAUUUGCAGCUCUACGGUGUAGAUCUUGCCAGAUCCCUGUUUCGUGACGACCCUCGGCUUCAACUCCGCGAACAUGACGUCCGCACGCCUCUACCGUCGGCCUGGAGAGACAGCUUCGAUCUGGUGCAUCAACGCUUGUUGGUCUGGGGACUCGGAAAGGACGAAUGGGCGCCGGCACUGGCGAACCUGGCCGACGUGGUCAGGCCUGGUGGUGUGUUGCAGCUGGUCGAGGCUGAAUGGGUGCUGAGCUCCUAUGUGGACGAGUGCGUGCAGCAGAGGAAAUUAGCCCGCGUGCAGGAAUGGUCGACCGCCUCGUCCGGCAUGGACGUGCAUAUCUGGAAGCGCCUUCCGGGUCUCCUGUCGGAGCUCGGGUUUCAGGACGUUCAGGUCGAGAGGUACAACCUGGGCUACGGCGCGACGUGUGCCCGGCAUGAAGAUCGCAUCUGGACGGCAGAGCUUCUGCCGCAAUCCUUUCGCCAUCUGGCUCGCAAGAUUCCGGCCGACGGCAUCCCUGGCGUGGCUCAGAGCCCGGAGGAGUACCUGGCUUGGUUGGAUGAACUGGUGGUAGAAAUGAAGGAGUUUGGCUACACCCCUAGGCUCCGGUGGGCGAUCGGACGCAAGCCUGAAAAGUCAUGACAGUGUAUACUAGAAGAACAAUGUGAGGAGACAGGGUUAACUCGUG